AGUUUGUAUCAGGUUCUACAGGCAAGUCUGAGUAUUUUCAACUUGGUUUGUACUAACAGUUGUUGUUGAAAGGGAUUGAGGGUAGUUUAUUGACUGACAAUUUGUUGUUGAUUCUGUGACAAAUUUGUGAUUCCUCAACUUUCGAUGCAACAUUUAAGAAUAUGAGUAUAUUGCCAGACAUUAUUUUAAACCUUACAUUUUGCUGGAGUUUUUCUUGGAUAAAUUGAGAUGCACUUAUUGUUUUGGAGCAGACUGUUUAAAAUGUGAUCUCUUUUGAUACUUGGAAAUACAGCAUCCUGUGCAUAUGAAAAUGAAUUGUUUGGUGUUUAUAUGUCAAAGUGUCACAUUAUGACUCCUAUGAAAUGUUAAGCACAGUACAAAUGCAUGUUUGGGUGUAAUUAAUAGCUAAAAUACUACCAGGAGAAAAUAAAUGGAAGGUGCAUUUUUGUUCAUGUACAAAGCAAUAUAGGCCUACACGCAGCAAUGACCUUUUCGCAGUAGGCAUGUGUGUAUUCAUGAUAUAUGCAACUAGGUACUGACUCUACUAAUUUCUUGGCUGGUGAUUAUUUUCUGGAUUGGAGAUGAUCCUUAUAUAGUCAAUUAUACAUCAGUGUUAACCUGUUUACUUCUAGAACCAGGUGGUUCCUGUGCAAAGUCUAUGGGACAUCUAGUUGAAGACGAAGCUGAGGCUUGAGAUGCAGCUGGAGAGGAUAAAACAAUCUCAUCAGAAAGAAUUAGAUGCCAAAGAUGAAGAAGUAGAGGAGGUUAGAGCAAGUGCACAAAACAAGGUGAAACAGAUGGAGAUCCAAUUAGAAGAAGACUACGAGGAACGCCAGUCUGUCAUGAGAGAGAAGAGAGAACUGGAGAGGCGGGUCCAGGAACUGUUAGACAAGCCUUUAGCUUCGGACAAGGACACAGAGAAGAGGUUGCGGAAGGACCUGAAGAAGACCAAAGCACUGCUCAAAGAUGCCCAGACAAUGCUGGAUAGGCAGAACUCGGCGGCUCCUACCGGGACAAAACUCAAACAGCUGAAGAAUGAGCUUGAAGAUGCUUCAUUUGCUACAGCCUCAGCGGUGAAGGCGAGACAGAAUCUUGAAACCGAAUUAUCAGAGCUGCAAGCCCAGUUAGAUGAUAUGAUGAAAGCCAAGUCAGAUGCUGAGGAAAGACUAUCAGUCGCCAAUCGAGACAAGACAGAGCUGGAGAGCAAGUUAGAGGAUCAAGAAGAAGAUUUCAAUGAUCUUCUCAAGAAACACAGAGCUCUCAUUCACCAGAUGUCUAACGAGCAAGCCAAGGUCAAUGAACACCUUGAAACAGUAGCAGAUCUAACCAAUGAGAAACAGGAAUUACAGGAGAAGGUCUCAGAACUGCAAGGAAAGGUAGACUUCUUAUCGGAGUCAAUGGUCGAUCGGACUCAAGUGAACAGACUGGAGUCUAAGGUUAGGGAGCUAGAGGCCAAACUGGACCUUGAACAUACUACCAAGAACAAACUUGAGAACCAAGUUGAGAGAUUACGAGACUCCCUUGACCGGUCCAACAGUGACCACAGCUCUGUUCAACAGAAGGAACUUCGGAGCCAGGAGGCAAGUAGGAAGCUCCAGCGGGAGAUCAGGGAGCUACAGGAGGAGCAAUCUGAGAUCCAACGGAAGGAGUCAGAGGCGACGCAGAAAAAACAUGAGCUGGUAAGACAUUGGUCUACUACAUGUAUAUUUAUAAUAGUGGGGAAGUUUACCCAGUGUGUUUUUUUAAUAAAAAAUAAAUAAAUAUCUAAAGAAAAAAAGUGUUAUUGCAGGUUUGGUGAUAAUCUAUAAAAGAUUAAAUAAAGUGAGGUUUAUUUUAAAUAAGGAAUUGAUAAAGUUUUAAUUGUGUUGCUUCACUUGUGAUGUGCUCCUCAUGUACAGGUGUACAUCUGUAUAUAAAAUACGAUCAUUUUUGUAAUGCAGUUUCUGAAAAUUUAAAUCACACAACAGAUUGGAAGGCAGAUUAAAUACGAGGUCAUAAAUUAACUUUAAAAACAUAAGUAUCUUUGAUAAUUGUCAAAUUGAUAGCACUUUUUUUUGCUUCAGGGCAAUUCCAUAAAAUGAUCAACCUUUUUGUUCGUCCGCCCCCCAUUUUAUCCAAUUCUUACAUCUCUUCAUGAUCUGACCAAUUGCCCUUUAGUUAGAGCAGAGUGGGCACCCCGUUUAACUCAUUAUAACUGGUAUUAUGCUUUAAUUAUGGUUUGACACUCCUGCGUAGAUGAUUGUUUUGCCUUCAUUAGAAUCAGAUAAUGCAAUAGAAAAUAAAUUUCAUGUGCUCAAUCACAACUUCCCAAAAUGCCUACAACUUAACAGAAAAGAAAAUAAAGCAGAAUGUUUCAAAUUUUAAAUUGGUAUGAAAGUUGGCAAGCUUUCUGUUCUUUAUUGGUUUUGAUCAGAAUGAACUAAUAAUCAAAUCAAGAAAUUAAUGCUUCAGGUACCAGAUACAGCUGUCAGUGGAAAAAUUGUUCAAUUUGACACUUGCUGUCGUUGUUUCAUCUCUCACAAUUCAUCAUGCUUCUUUUCAUCGAUGUGUGUGUUCAUGUGUGAAUUGUGGAUGUGCGUGUGUUUCAGUAUCAAGAUGUUUAUUACCCUUCUCAUCCUCAAGAAUAUUUUUGUUGAGAAUUUGAAAUGAGGCAAAUAAUAAAAGUCUUUCUCAUCUUUCCACCCGGCAAUGGCAUGUUGACAUCCUGUGAAUUCAGAAUAUUGAAUCACUGUCGGCUGAAAUUUCGUCAUCGUAAAAGAACGUUCUUGAAAAGAGAUUAUCAAGUUAUUUUUCGGAAAUAUACAUCUGCGGAAGGAGUUUGUGACUUUCUCGAUCAGCAUUUCAUGUUAUCGCGUUUGUUUUUCAUUAUUUUGAUUUUAAUCAAAUGCUCAUCAGCUUGGUGUAAAAUGCAUUGUCAGUUAGUCUUGGUACACUCAUUGAAAGACAAAGUAAUCAAGAAUAAAUUGGGAAGUUUGAUAUGAUGGGCAAUUUAAUCUUAUUGCUUUAUUCUAGAUGGAAAAUGUAGUGGCAUGAGAUACACAGAUAAUACCCCUGCUGGUAGAAUUCUUAACAGUAUGGUGGUACCUAUACCACUAAAUUGUAGAUAUCUUGAUAUUAAAAUCAAGUGACAAUUUCACGAUAAUAAUUACUUCUUAUAAAACGCUUUUUCAAAAGUUACAAAGCGCUAUACAAAAUGACAAAAACAAAUAUGAUCGGUAAAAACUUAAAAUAAAACUGCACAAAAUGAAACACUACUUGCAAUAGGCCUAUAUAAAAACAAAUGAGACUUGAGCAUCUUCCUGAACACAUUAAUAGAAGGGCACUGUGUAUGUUCUGAGAUAAUGCAUUCCAUUAUUUUGGGGCAAACACAGAACAUGACCUAUCACCUAUUGAUUUGAAUGUCUGUGGGAUUCGGACAGGGAUAUAUGAUGAUGACCGAGUAUUGUAAAUAAUGGCGAACUGUUGAGAGUCUGACAGGUAUGGUGGAGCUUGCUCAUGUAGGCAUUUAAAUGUGAUGGUUAGAGACUUACGCUCAAUUAGAUUUUUUACUUUCAGCCAGUGUAAUUCUGUUAUCAUAGGGGUUGGCUUAUAAUGCUACAACCAUUUGACCUAUUAAAGCGAUCACUGACUCAGUGAUUUUUAUUUUGACACUGGGUGGGUGUUUCAUAAAGCUGUUCGUAAGUUAAGAGCGACUUUAAGAACGACUGGUGAUCCUUUCAUAUGGCGAAUGGUAUAUUCAUUAGCGAUGGUUUUGUGCGUAAGAAAGGAUCACCAGUCAUUCUUAAAGUUGCUCUUAACUUAUGAAUAGCUCUAUGAAACGGCCCCCAGGUAGAUGUUUCAUAAAGCUGUUCAUAAGUUACCAGCAACUUUAUGAACGACUGGUGAUCCUCUCUUGGGAGGUAAAUAAACACAAAUGAAAAGUUGGUUCGCAAAAUUUACCACAAAUGAUCGUUGGUCAUUCAUAAAGUCACUUUUAAAUUACAAACAGCUUUAUGACACUCCAGCCUGGACAAAUUUAUUUCCCAGAAGAAUAGUACCUUUAAUCAAUCGGUUGGUGCAGAAAAUCAUCUUUAGAGAGUUUUCUUUUUUUUAUUGUUAAGAAAUGUAUUUUCUGUUCUUUUUCUUGGGACUCUUACAAAAAUCAGACAUUCCUCAUAAUCAAAUUGGAAGCCAUUUCAUCCAUUGUUUUCCGAAUUUGAUGAGAUUUCUCAGAUAAAUGUCGAAUACAACAUAUCAAGAAUGAAAAGUGAUGCUGAGCAAAUGAGAUUAAACAUCUAGAUUGCAGUCGUGUCAGCCUUGUCUUGAUACAUGCAGUCACUGCCUAAUUCAAUUCGAGGUGAGAAGAGCUUGUCAAAGCACCUACACCGCCCUCGCUUGACAAAGAAUGGUCAUUUGAUAGCUCGUUACUGUCUCUGUCAGCAGUGCUGAACUUGCUUUCAGCUCUCAUUGAUAAAGGUUCUCUCUAGGGAACAUCAAAGGGGAUAGUUCUCACUGGUAAAAAACAUUGUUAUAUUUUUCUCAGAAGAGGGUAAUGAGAUGUGGCAAUGUUUCAUAUUUCAAAGCCUUUCUAGAGUUUUGGUGAAGAGUCAUUGUUGCAUUAGAUUGGACCUUUAUAUUAAAGAAUAGUACGAAAUUGUAGUAAUAGUUCUAUAGUUUUUAAUUGAUUCAUUCUUUGUUGCAAAUAAAAUUUGUUUGUUACAUUG